AUGCUGUGCAGGGGAGAGGGGCCUGGGUCAGCCAGAGGGACUCUGCGCCACAGCUGUGUCACCUGCCUGCCCUGGCACGGGGCCUUGGCCGCCUCUUUUCCAGGGCCCUCUGUGGGUCGCUGGGACCAUGGUGUCCUCCACAUGAAGUACCCGGUGUGGCCUCGCUAUAGUGCCUCCCUGCAGCCUGUAGUGGACAGCCGGCACCUGACGGUGGCCACGCUGGAAGAGCGGCCCUUUGUCAUCGUGGAGAGCCCUGACCCCAGCACGGGCGGCUGUGUGCCCAACACUGUGCCCUGCCGCAGGCAGAGCAACCACACCUUCAGCAGUGGUGACACGGCCCCCUACACCAAGCUCUGCUGUAAGGGCUUCUGCAUUGACAUCCUCAAGAAGCUGGCCAAGGUGGUCAAGUUCUCCUAUGACCUGUACCUGGUGACCAACGGCAAGCAUGGCAAGAGGGUUCGAGGCGUGUGGAACGGCAUGAUCGGGGAGGUGUACUACCAGCGGGCAGACAUGGCCAUCGGCUCCCUCACCAUCAACGAGGAGCGUUCCGAGAUUGUGGACUUCUCUGUGCCUUUUGUGGAGACGGGCAUCAGUGUGAUGGUGGCACGCAGCAAUGGCACCGUGUCCCCCUCGGCCUUCCUGGAGCCCUACAGCCCUUCAGUGUGGGUGAUGAUGUUUGUCAUGUGUCUCACCGUGGUGGCCAUCACAGUCUUCAUGUUUGAGUACUUCAGCCCUGUCAGCUACAACCAGAACCUCACCAGUGGCAAGAAGUCUGGGGGCCCAUCCUUCACCAUCGGCAAGUCUGUGUGGCUGCUGUGGGCGCUGGUCUUCAACAACUCGGUGCCCAUCGAGAACCCCCGAGGCACCACCAGCAAGAUCAUGGUCCUAGUCUGGGCCUUCUUCGCCGUCAUUUUCCUCGCCAGCUACACUGCCAACUUGGCCGCCUUCAUGAUCCAGGAGCAGUACAUCGACACUGUGUCUGGCCUCAGUGAUAAGAAGUUUCAGCGGCCUCAAGAUCAGUACCCACCAUUCCGCUUCGGCACGGUGCCCAACGGCAGCACAGAGCGGAACAUUCGCAGCAACUACCGAGAGAUGCACACCCACAUGGUCAAGUUCAACCAGCGUUCGGUGGAGGAUGCGCUCACCAGCCUCAAGAUGGGGAAGCUGGAUGCCUUCAUCUAUGAUGCUGCUGUCCUCAACUACAUGGCGGGCAAGGACGAGGGCUGCAAGCUGGUCACCAUUGGCUCUGGCAAGGUUUUUGCCACCACUGGCUACGGCAUCGCCAUGCAGAAGGACUCCCACUGGAAGCGGGCCAUAGACCUGGCGCUCCUGCAGUUCCUGGGGGAUGGGGAGACACAGAAGCUGGAGACGGUGUGGCUCUCGGGGAUCUGCCAGAACGAGAAGAACGAGGUAAUGAGCAGCAAGCUGGACAUCGACAACAUGGCGGGCGUCUUCUACAUGCUGCUGGUGGCCAUGGGACUGGCCCUGCUGGUCUUUGCCUGGGAGCACCUGGUCUACUGGAAGCUGCGCCACUCAGUGCCCAACACGUCUCGGCUGGACUUCCUGCUGGCUUUCAGUAGGGGCAUCUACAGCUAUUAUGCCAAGGCCCACGCAGAGAGCACCCAGCACUGUGCCUGGCACAUGCCAGGCACUGAGAAGCUAUUACUUCUCCUUUUCUCCAACUGA